AUGACUAGCGGCGAGAGAACAGAACCGGAGCUGGCUGCCUUUAGUCGAUGGGUGGACGUCGGUAAAAUACGCGAACUGAGUGACACUCCACCGUCGCUGUCUGCUGCUUCGACGUCUUCGACGACCAGCGACGGGAAACCUGACGUGAUAUUGCCCCAUGAUGUCACUGAUGGCAAGAGACUGAAGCGUGCUAUUCGUAGCGGACAGUGGCCACCUACCCAUACAAUACGACAUAAACUGUGGCAUGAAGUCUUCUGUAACCAGUCUACUGUUUCCGCAUCAGUGUAUGUAGAUACUGCUGCCAAUACUCAAGGUUGGCAAACUCAUAUUCCAGUAUUUGUUGACAAUGACUACAUCAUGACCUACGCUCUGGACUCUCGGGGACGAUCUCUUGUGAAAAAGAUCCUGUGUAUAAUAGAACAUGUACACUCGGACAUCACUUGCUGUCCAUUAUUGCCUGCGAUCACAAGUUUAUUAUUACAUUAUAUGGACGAAGAGGAGUGCUACAGUAGUUUGUCAAAAUUGUUGACAAGUAAACAACCAAAGUUUGUCACACAGACGAGGACUGCUUUCCAGGCAUCUAUUUUAACAUUUAGAGAUCUAGCCAAGAAGUAUGCAGAUUCAGCUCACCAACAUAUCAACAAAGCCGCUGAGAGUGAUCGUCAGGUAUAUGGUGAAUGGAUGUGGUGGAUCUUUCAAUAUUUACCAUUCACACAUUUGGUCAGAGUAAUGGACUGUUACCUUGUGGAAGGUAUCAAGAUAUUGUACAGGGUUGGAUUAGCAAUUCUCAUACUUUACAAGAAACACGUACAAGGUAUUCAGGCUAGUAAUUCACAGCCGCACACACUUUCUAUAAACAAUUUUGUUUCCAAUAUACCAGUAUCUCCUGCAAAACUUCUCAAGAUUUCCUUCAACAUCAAGGGACUGUCAAGGUCAACAAUCAAUAAAUAUCAGCAUCGUCAUGAAUCUGCCUUGAGGGAGAGUAGUAGUUCUCGUAAACAUGUCAGUAUAGACAUGGUGACACCUCUACAUGUAUCUCCUAUAAAUUCAACAAUAAUUAACCAUACACAAUUGCAAAAGAUCUGGCAGUGGCUCCCUCAUCGAAUGUCUGUGCAUCAACCACAGUUACUGUUUACAACAGAGGAGCAUGGAAGCAGCUUACAUGCUAUGUUUAAUAAAUGUGAAGAUUUUCAACCAACUAUUCUACUCAUAAAGACAACUACUAACCAUAUAUUUGGUUGCUAUUUAUCAACAAGUUGGAGUGAAAGGCUGAAUAUAGAGAGAGAAAGUACAUACUUCGGUACUGGUGAAUGCUUUGUUUUCUCAAUGGUUCCUAUCGAGAAAAAAUAUAGCUGGGUUGGUUGCCAUGGUGACAACAUUUCUACAAAUUCAUCAUUCUUUAUGCGCGUUGAGAGUGAUGCCAUUGCAAUUGGAGGAGGUCAAUGUAGCUCUUUGGCGGCAUUCACCAUCAACUAUCUGAAUCCCAAUGCAAAUCUUUCAGCAAAAAAAUACACUCGUGCAGAUCAACUUUGCAAAGAUGCAGAUGACACGAUACACAAGUACAAAGAGUAG